AUGGUCGCAUCUAAUGAAUCUUGGCUCAGACGAGCUGAUCUCACCCCCUCCAAGUUACUGUUCUGCGCCGUGUUUUGGGUGAUACAGUGGGGCCUUUUUGCCCUUGGAUGGUAUCUUCAAGCAAUCAACACCCAACUAGCGGGCUUGAAUGUCCUCAGUUACUCAGUCUGGAUUUCCAGAGGUGCAGGUCUUGUGCUCUCCGUGGACGGAACCUUGAUCCUUUUUCCCAUGUGCCGGAAUGUGAUCCGAUGGCUUCGACCCCAGGUCCGAUGGCUACCGCUCGACGAGUCCGUAUGGUUCCAUCGCCAAACAGCUUAUGCCCUGGUGGUCUUUGCUGCGGUUCAUACUGGAGCUCACUACGUCAACUUCUAUAAUAUCGAAAAGAGUCAGAUCCGUCCCGAGUUGGCGGUACAGAUCCAUUACACACAGGCAGCUGGAAUCACAGGCCACGUCAUGCUGCUGUGCAUGAUGCUGAUGUACACGACGGCACACCACCGCAUUCGACAGCAGGCGUAUGAAACCUUCUGGUACACACACCACCUGUUCAUUCCAUUCUUGCUGGCUCUAUAUACCCAUACCACCGGAUGUUUUGUUCGCGACACAGCCGACCCGUUCUCCCCAUUUGCAGGCAAGCAAUUUUGGAACCACUGUCUCUGGUAUGAAGGAUGGAGGUGGGAGCUUGUUGCAGGCGCCUUUUAUCUCUCUGAACGGCUUUAUCGUGAGAUCCGAUCUCGUCGGGAGACCGUGAUCACCAAAGUGAUCCGCCAUCCGUAUGAUGCCAUGGAGAUCCAAUUCCUCAAACCAAGCAUGAAGUACAAACCCGGCCAAUGGCUUUUUCUGCAGGUGCCCGACGUGUCCAGUACUCAGUGGCAUCCCUUCACAAUCACUUCCUGCCCUUUUGAUCCGUACAUCAGUGUCCAUGUACGCCAAGUUGGCGACUUCACGCGGGCCCUCGGAGAUGCUCUUGGAUGUGGUCCCGCCCAGGCCAAGGACCUGGAAGGCCUGGACCCUCUCGGCAUGUACGAAGUCGCCUUGCAGAACGGCCAGAUGAUGCCGAAGCUGCGGAUUGACGGGCCCUACGGUGCACCGGCAGAAGAUGUCUUUGAAAACGAAAUCGCCGUCCUCAUUGGGACUGGCAUUGGGGUCACGCCGUGGGCUUCUAUUUUGAAGAAUAUCUGGCACCUGCGCUCGAGCCCCAACCCGCCUCGCCGACUCAGGCGUGUGGAGUUCAUCUGGAUCUGCAAGGAUACCACAUCCUUUGAAUGGUUUCAAGCCCUGCUUUCCUCACUGGAAGCACAAUCUGCCAGCGCGGCCGCACACCAGGGCAGCACCGAGUUCUUGCGCAUCCAUACCUACCUGACCCAGAAACUGGACGACGACACCGCAGCAAAUAUCUACCUCAACUCCGUGGGUCAAGCUCUUGACCCGCUGACCGAAUUGAAAGCUCAAACGAACUUUGGUCGCCCGGAUUUCAACCGUCUCUUCACUGCCAUGCGCAUCGGCUUGCUCGACCAGACUUACAUGCAAGGCCUCCAAAGCGCGUCUACCACCGAAAUUGGUGUGUACUUCUGUGGGCCGAACACAGCGGCCCGACAGAUUAGCGACGCAGCCAAGAACUCAUCCACGAAAGCAGUGCGUUUUAAGUUCUGGAAGGAGUACUUCUAG